AUGAGCGCAUCAUCCCGCGCUGCCCGUCGGGCCGUAGCUAUAAACCCCUUUGCUGCAUCGCGGACAGCACUGCGGCCUGGCCUCGGCCUUUCAGCAAGUCACAUCGGCAGAUACACAAGAAACCUACCGGCAAACACACACGCACUCGCAAUCCUGGUGCCACUCCGCAACAUAUCGACCGAACGCCACUCGACAGGGCCUCCUGAUGGACCGCCUCCGGGAUUCAAUGCGGCAGAGGCUAAGAAACCACUACCCAAGGAUCCAAAAGACAAAGCGCCAGCGAAGAGGGCAGCAGAGGCGGGUUCAGCCUCCAAGCAGAUAGAUCACAGCGCCGAUUCCAGGACAGCGGCGCCACCGAAAGAGAAACCCACGGGCGAGGCCAAGACAUUGACCGCGCUGGCUGCCAAGAAGGAGAUGGAGGCGAUACAGAAGGAAGAGAAACAGGGCAAGAAGCUGACGCUCGGCCAAAGAGUCAAACACGAGAUCCAGCACUACUGGGAUGGCACGAAGCUGCUGGCCACCGAGGUCAAGAUCAGCACCAGAUUGGCUGUCAAGAUGGCCGCCGGCUACGAACUUACCCGGCGAGAGAGCCGGCAACUUCAGCGCACAGUACAGGAUCUUGGGCGUUUGGUUCCCUUCUCGGCCUUCAUCAUUGUGCCAUUUGCCGAGGCGCUCCUGCCAAUUGCCCUGAAGCUCUUCCCCAACCUGCUGCCCAGCACCUAUGAGUCCCAGAAGGACAAGGACAAGAAGGCCGCUACCCUUCGGGCAACUCGGAAAGAGGUUAGCUCUUUUCUGCGUACCACCCUAGGCGAGACUGGUCUGCCCUUGACGCAGUCAACAGCCCAGAAAGAGGAGUUCGCUAUCUUCUUCAAGAAGCUGCGCGCCACUGGGGAGAAGCCCACGGCGGAAGACGUCAUCAAAGUCUGCAAGAUUUUCAGAGAUGAUCUGACCUUGGACAACCUGUCAAGGCCGCAAUUGGUUUCCAUGUGCCGUUACAUGAACCUGAACACCUUCGGAACCGACAUGAUGCUUCGGUACCAGGUCCGCCACAGAAUGCGACAGAUCAAGAGGGACGACAAAGCUAUUAGCUAUGAGGGCGUCGACAGCCUGAGCGUCUCGGAGUUGCAGAUGGCCUGUGGCAGCCGCGGCAUCAAGACGCACGGUGUCUCCCCUGCGAGGCUAAGAGACGACCUCCAAGGUUGGCUCGACGUGCGAUUGAAGCACGGCGUGCCAUCGACUCUCUUGGUCCUAAGCAAUGCCUAUAUGUACAGCCAGAAGACUGAGGAAGGUGGCUUCAACGCUCAGAUUGAUGCUCUGACAGGCGUGCUCUCCUCCAUUCCGGAGGAGCUGUACCACGAAAUUGAGCUCGAGGUGCACAAUGCUGAGGGUGCCGCCACCAAUAAACAGCGUCUUGAAGUUUUGCGCGAGCAACAAGAGUUGAUCGAUGAAGAGAACGAGCAGAACCAGGAGAAUCAAGAGACGGGCAUGGCCACCCCUCGCGAUGUGGACGACAUCGACGAGAAGGAAGAGCGACAGAUGCAAGCCGAGAAGCAGGACGCUGCAAAGGCACAAGUCAGCGAGGUGGCCGGCGCCGAAGCUGCCCAAGCCGACGCAAAUGGCCAUUCGCAAGAGAAGAAGAUGGAAGCGAAGAAGAACGAAUAA